AUGAUGGAAGCACAUUAUGAGGGUCCUAAAUCAUAUCUAGGAAUAACUAUCAAGCUUAAGGACUUUCUGAACUCUACUGUAAUACCUCAGUUGCUUCUCAUGGCUGCACUGCAAGAUGUACAUCAACCUGGUAUAGGAUACUUGAGAAGAAAAUGGAAAGACAAAGGCCUUUCAACCUGGCAGAGACUGACUGAGGUGGAGAAGAUUUUGGCUGAGACCUUAGGCCAUCAACUGGACUUCCCACAAGGAUCUUUUUCGGCCACAAUGUCCACGGCAGUGACAAGAGGCAUUGAUAGAGUGAAGUACACACCUACUGUUGGAGUUGGAUUGUGGACUAGCUGUCAUCUUUCCUAUCCAUUCCCCUUUCCGGUUUCCCUUGUUGGCCUCCUUCCUCUCCAACUCAAAGCAAUUGUUUCGACUCUCUUCUAUCUUCCUUACCCUCUUUCUUCUCCAUAUGAAAUGGGCAGAUCUCCGUGCUGUGAGAAGGCUCACACCAACAAGGGAGCAUGGACCAAGGAGGAAGGCCAGAAGCUCAUCUCCUACAUCAGAACCCAUGGUGAAGCUUUUUCUGUACUUGUAGGUUUGUUUCGAUGCGGUAAGAGCUGCAGGCUGCGGUGGAUAAACUACCUCCGGCCCGACCUCAAGCGCGGCAAAUUUACAGAGGAGGAAGAUGAACUCAUCAUCGAGCUUCACGGCUUGCUUGGGAACAAGUGGUCGCUGAUAGCCGGGCGAUUACCUGGGAGGACGGACAACGACAUCAAGAACUACUGGAACACGCACAUCAAGCGAAAGCUCCUCAGCCGGGGUAUCGAUCCCCAGAGUCACGGCCCGGCCAGUGGCAACGCCGCUCCGCGACGACAAGGAAUCACGACCAUGGCGCAGGACAUGAUUCUCUCGGAAGCCCCAGUCGACUGCUGCGACAAGACCAUCAGCAGCGUCGGCGCCAGCCAAGACGACGACCGCUGCGUCGACCUCGAUCUCGGCCUCUCCAUGAGCCUCCCUGGCCGCUCUCCGGAACGUCUUCCCCAAACUUCAGUUGCUCCGGCAACAGCUGCAGCAAGUAGCUGCGCUCAACCCCUUCGUCUGUGCUGCCACCUCGGUUUCCAAAGCGGUGAAGCUUGUGGUUGCCCCGCCACCAAAAACCCACGUCUACUAAGAGCUAACACUAGUUGAGAUUCUUCUAUGUGAUGGUACUUCUCC